AAGUCAUUUCAUUCUGACUUGUAAAUAUUAUUUUAUUCUAAAAUAUAAUUUUCCAUUUUAGAAUUUUUUUUUCAAUUAGUUGGUUGUGUUAUAUAAUGCAUACAUUUAACAAAAUUCCAUCUCAAAUUAGGUGUGAAAAAACAUAAGGACAAACAAAUUCAUAUUGUCGCCAAGGCACAAAACGAUUCAAAAAAUUGUAACCAAAAAAAAAAAAAAAAAAAAAAAAAGAAUAAUAAGAAAUUUGAAAAUAAAAUGACGAAACUGCCCUUAUAUAUGUAGAAGGAGAUAGAGUGGUGGGGUGUUUAGAGAUUAAGGGUGGACAUGGAAACGCGUCCAAGGACGUACCACUCAGCAUGCAACCCGGUCCGAAAUGGAAGCUGGAACCUCUAAAUAAAUCAUCCCCAAGCCCUCUCUCUGUGGGGUCUCUUACUCUCAUCCCCAAGAAACCCCAAACUCUGGUCCCACACACUCCCAUCCUCUUCCUUUUCUCUCUACAUCUCCUUCUCCUCCAUUUUUUUUUCCUUUGUUUCUCUCUCUAAACUUUCUUUCUCUAAAAAAAUAAAAAUAACAAAAAAUAACAAAAGACCAAAAAAAAAAAAGAGAAAAAGAAGCUAGCCCAGGAGAGGACAAAACCUUGUUUCUCUCUUUCUCUCUCUCUCUCUCUCUCUCUCUCUCUUUACUCUGUGACUCUUUCUUUCUUUCUCUCUCCUCUCUUUCCUGCAUUUCUCUCACCUUGGGAGAGGAGAGAAAACUCUUCCAACCUAGCUAGCUCUCUUUCUCAUUUCAUUCUCAGAAAAAUCCAAAAAAAGGAAAGAAAAAAUAAAAUAAAAAGAGCACACCAAAAUACCCCAUAAAAUAUCUGCUCCAUUUCAAAAACCCAAACCAAACUAAACCCCUUCAGAGAAGCUAACCAAAAAAAGAAAAAAAAAAUGAUGAGCAAUAGCAGUAGCAGUAACAUGAUGAUGGCGAGCGAAGGAGGCGAAGGAGGAGUUUCAGCAGCAGAGGGUGUAAUUGUAGCAGCCUCAUCGAGAGGAGGUGUUGGUGGGUCGGAGUCAGGCCGCGGAUUAUUGAAGAAAGGACCGUGGACGGCGGCAGAGGACGCGAUCUUGAUGGAGUACGUGAAGAAGCACGGCGAAGGGAACUGGAACGCCGUGCAGAAGAAUUCAGGGUUGGCUAGGUGUGGUAAAAGCUGUAGGCUUAGAUGGGCUAACCAUUUGAGGCCUAAUCUCAAGAAAGGCUCUUUUUCACCUGAAGAAGAGAGAAUCAUCAUCGAACUUCACGCUAAGCUCGGCAACAAAUGGGCUCGCAUGGCAUCUCAGUUACCUGGGAGGACUGACAAUGAAAUAAAGAACUACUGGAAUACAAGAAUGAAGAGACGCCAAAGAGCCGGUUUACCUCUUUAUCCUCAUGAGGUACAACAGGAAGUUGCUGCAUUUCAUCUCCAACAACACCACCACCACCACCAUCAAAGACAUCCUAAUUCCUCACCUUCUUCUGCUUCUUUCUCACCACUACUAUCCUCUUCUACUCCUCGUAUGCCUCACCAUUCUUCUUCCUCUUUUCCCUUCUACGAUCACCCCAUCAACUUCUCAACGGCUGCUAACCCUAAUCACAAUCACCACCACCGUUCACCUUUUUAUUCCAACCCCACCACCACCGUCGUCGAACAUUUUAAUAGCAACGGCGGUUUCGCUAUUCCGCUUUCGUCGGUUUCGACGGCAGCGCUGUUCAAUCAUAAUGUCAUGAAUUCGACACAGAUGCUGAGAAGUGAUACUACUCCUCCUUGUUCUAUUCAGUACAAUUCUGGUGGGAGUUCCACUUCGAGUAAUAAUUUUAGUUUUAGUUCAUUAAUGGAACCUACUUUUGAGCCAAUGAUUUCUAUGGUUUCUUCUUCUAUGUUGAUAUCUGAGCUCCCUUCGACCCAAACGAUGCCGGUACAGUCGACGACUACACCGGCUUCGUCUAAUACAAGUACUGGCUGUGAGGGAUUCAUGGGGACUACCUCAAGUAGUAAUGGAAAUGAUCAUUACGAUUUUGCGCCACCACCGCCGCAACCUCAAUCGCAGGGCCGGAAUAGCGGUUUGCUUGAUGCUUUGUUGGUGGAGGCUGAAACUAGAUCUCAAAAAUCAAAGGCAGUGGUAGCUGAAAGCAACUUAUUAGCUGGGGCGGUUGAUUCCAGUAAAGGUAAAAACACUGCUGUGGAGGAACGCAGAGUUCAAUCGCUGUUGAAGAACAGCGGUGGAGAAACAAGCACCACCGCCGAAAACCAGACUAGUUCCUCUCAGUCAUCCAUCGGAAUGCUCAAACCGAGUGAGGAUCCAUUAAUGGAGGAUAUGAACUCCAUGGACGAUGACUUGAUGAGCUUGCUCAACAACUUCCCGACGACAAUGCCGGUCCCGGACUGGUACCCUAGAAGUAACAUCCUGUCUCAUGGGGAAACAUCAUCGGCAAUGAUAACAGGCAAAUCCGGAGUUGUUGGUGAUGUGACGCAAAAUCCUUCACCGACACCGCCAUCCCCUAAACACGACCGGAACUUGGAUGCUUGCUACUGGAACAACAUGCCGGGCAUAUGUUAAGAAUUUUACAGACCACUCUGGAAGAAAUUGCAAAUCCCUCAUGGAGAUUAGUGUUUGAGGAUUUUAUAGACUAGUGUUUUAUCUUUGUAAUUAGGUUUAUAUUUAGGGUUUUUUUUAUAGCAAAGAAAAAGAUUUAAAAAAAUAAACGUUAGGGCAAAUCGACAUUCAAAGAAACAGGUGUUAUUUUUUUUUUUUUUAAUUAUUAAUCUUGCUUGUGUAAUUCAUGUGUUGUGAGUGUAUAUAUUCAUAUAAUCAAUGUAGAAACAUAGUUCAUGUUUUAGCUUCUACAACAAACAACAAUCAAUACUUUUAAAUUUCUA